UUUGCCGCACUCUUUCUGACAGGGUGGGGAAAUGAAGGUGUGAGAUGACCUCAAAUUUCUCAGUACUUGCAGGGAAGUGGCAAUGAGUGAAGAAAAAAUCAUUUGCUUGAGACACGAACAAAGGGUGAAAUAAAGUUCUUCUCAAGCCAAACAGGAUCAUAAGGAAAAACUAUUCAUGCAGGUUAGGGAAGCACCAUGGCCUGUGCUGAUGUAAACCUGGAUAUCCAAAGAGCUGACGAGGAGUCGUUCAGCCUAAACCAAGUUGAGCGGCCUCUGGUGCAACAGUACAAAGCUGUAGAGCUGGUGCCAGAAGUCAAAGGGCCACUGCACAACCUCCUGCAGAAACAACCUGCUGUGCUGGGGUCUCUGCAGAUGAUGAGCGGGUUCCUCAGUGUCGGAGUGGGGAUUUUCUUCGCUGUGACCCAGGAAAUGGGAGAGUCACUUUUCACCAUGUUCAGACUUUCCCACCUGACUGGAGUGAUCUUCAUCUUUGCUGGAGCUGUUUCCAACCUGCUCUUCAAAUAUCCAGGAUUACUGCCUCUGUCCUUUGGGGUUAACUUUGCGGGUAUCAUCGCAGCUGUGGUUGCAGCCUGUCUGAUAAGCGUCGACCUGGUUCAAUGGAAUCCGAGGAAUGAGCACCAUUUGAGGAUUGAAGUUCUGGAACUUUGUGUGAUGGGGCUUGAGGUUUUCCUCUCUGCGAUUCUCUGCUUCUUUUUCGUUAAAGAGAAACGUGCCAAAUGACCAUGAUAAAGCUGGUUGAUUCUUUUUUCUUCAUCAUGUGUGGCUUUUAGUUGUCUCGAUUGUAUAUGUGGAGCUGAAACCGCUGCUGAAAAGGAUGGGCUGUGGGCUGUGUCGGAUGUUUGACUUGGACUGAGGACACAAGGCUUGCGGUCGGCAAAUGUCAGCGUCUCUCAUGUGAAAGAAAAGUCACUCUUCAACCUCCUCAACCGUGGUGGGCCUCAUAGUGCAGCUCUGUCUGGCCUCUCUGCAGGGCCCUGUGUGUGUGGGUGUGUGGUUUCACACUCGUGUUGUCUUAUUAGUUUUGAAAUAUCUGCUUCUUGUUUUCAGUUUCUCACAGAGGUUUUUACAGAGCUCAGAAGUAUUUGUGUCUUAUAGGUUUUGCUUAGGUUUUGAAUAAAUAGCCACAGGUGGAAAUACUCAAUUUCAUAUUUGGUGUGACAAAGAUAAGAAUAAAACGAUAUGUUUUUCACAUUUUAAUCAUCUGUACAAACUCGUCUUAACACAGAUCUGGUGACAAAAGAAACUGACUAUAAAACAUCGACUGUGUGGAUCUGUCUGCUACCUUUUUUUUUCUUUUGUAAAAUACAUAAUAAAAAACUCAUCUACAAUAUUAACACUGAUUCUUAUCUAUAGCUCAUUAAACACAAAUGUACAGACCAAUGACGUGCCAUCAUGACAAUGUGCAUGAUGUGUUGAUUUCCAAUUUACAGUAUCAUCAUGAAAUGUCUUGUAAUAACUGAGCUUCAUCCAUUAAAGUCUCAAUGCUG